AUGUUUUCUUGCGGAACGAAGAAGAGCAAUGCUCGCCCUCGGAGAGACCAAGGUCACGGUUCCGCGGUGGCAGAUUCUCCGGUGACUCCUGCGCGAACCUCUUUCAACGACAGCGCCGUUCCCAAUCGCCCUAGCUCCGGCACUCCCGCUCCUUGGGCUCCUCGUUUAUCUGUCCUUGCCAGGGUCCCCCAGGUCAACCGAAGUGGAAAAGGAGACGACGUAGAUCCUAUCAAACCUGUUUUCGUUGGCGAGUUUCCACAAGUGGUUCGAGAUGAGCAGAACUUUUUGUUACACAAGCGAAUUCCUGCUGAAGAUCGCGCAUGUGGUGGAAUUGACAAGAGCACAUCACUCGCCUGGAUUAUUUGCCGAAACAGGGUCUACCUUUGGAGUUAUCUUUCCCCCGCAUCCUCCAUGAAAUGCGUUGUCCUUGAAAUUCCUCUAAAUGAUGCUGAUGUUAGCAGAAACGACGCAGGUAGUUGGCUGCUUCGUGUUGUUAAUUGGGAUGUGGCGUCUGUAGGAAGGAAUGAGGUUGCGAAACAGUGCAGCUCGGCUGCAGUGAUUUUGUGUAAUUGUCAAACUCGAGCUGUUAUUUAUUGGCCGGACAUUUAUUCUCAGCCGCUUGCUCCAGUAACUAGUCUAGCAUCUACCGAUGAGCUGGGGUCUAUUUUUACUCCUGAUGGGAAAACGUCCUUCAACAGGCAGCGGCGACAAAGUAAGAUGGGAAGUUGUUUGAGUGGGUUGCACUCGCUUAACUCUAUGAUUGCUUCUACUGUUCCCAGGUGUAAGUUUGUAUGUGUUGCCCUUGCAUGUAGUUCAAGUGGUGAACUGUGGCAGUUUCAAUGCACUCCUACUGGCAUUCAUCGAAGGAAAGUAUAUGAAAAUAUUAUGCAUUUUCAUCCUCAACGUGGUGAAUCAGGUCAAAAUGUGAGCAAUGUUGGGUACCCAAGAUCUCUGACUUGGGGUUUCCCGCAUUAUUCUAUUCAGGAAACAAAUCGGCAGUUCUUGGUAUUGACAGACCAUGAGGUACAGUGUUUCAGAGUAGUGCUUGAUUCUGACAUACCUGUUUCAAAGCUUUGGUCUCAGGAAAUUGUUGGAACAGAUGCUGAGGUUGGCAUUAAGAAGGAUCUAGCUGGUCAAAAGAGAAUCUGGCCUCUUGAUAUGCAAGUCGAUGAUCAUGGUAAAGUCAUUACUAUUCUUGUUGCAACCUUCUGCAACGACCGGAUUAGCAGUUCAAGCUACAUGCAGUAUUCUCUCCUGACCAUGCAAUAUAAAGCAGGGCUGGGUUUAGAGGCAACAAAUGAAAAGGUUUUGGAGAAAAAAAACCCUAUCGAGGUGAUAAUGCCAAAAGCUAGAGUUGAAGAUGAAGAUUUCUUGUUUUCCAUGAGGCUUCGGAUAGGGGGCAAUCCUUCAGGAUCUACAGUCAUAAUAUCUGGGGAUGGAACAGCAACUGUCUCCCAUUAUUAUAGAAACUCUACACGACUCUAUCAGUUUGAUUUACCCUAUGAUGCUGGGAAAGUACUAGACGCUUCAAUCCUUCCUUCUGCAGAUGAUUACGAAGAAGGUGCAUGGGUUGUGUUAACAGAAAAAGCUGGAAUAUGGGCAAUACCAGAGAAAGCUGUCAUUCUUGGUGGAGUGGAACCACCUGAGAGAAGCUUAUCUCGGAAAGGCAGCUCUAAUAAUAGAUCUGCACAAGAAGAGAUAAGAAAUCUUACAUUUGCUGCUAAUGUUGCCCCCAGAAGGGCUAGCUCUGAAGCAUGGAGUGCUGGGGAUAAACAGAGGACGGUUUUGAGUGGGAUUGGUCGUCGAACUGCACAGGAUGAAGAAUCAGAAGCGUUAUUGAAUAAUCUUUUCAAUGAAUUUUUAUCAUCUGGCCAAAUUGAUAGGUCUCUUGAGAAGCUAGAAACUUCUGGUUCAUUUGAAAGGGAUGGGGAAACCAAUGUUUUUGUUCGGAUGAGCAAAUCAAUUAUAGACACCCUAGCUAAACAUUGGACAACAACCAGAGGUGCAGAGAUUUUGGCUAUGGCUGUUGUUUCCACCCAACUCUUAGAAAAGCAACAGAAACAUCAAAAGUUCCUUCAUUUUCUUGCCUUGUCCAAAUGCCAUGAGGAGCUGUGUUCUAAGCAAAGACAUGCCUUGCAAAUUAUUUUGGAGCAUGGUGAAAAGCUAUCUGCAAUGAUUCAGCUGAGGGAGCUACAAAAUCUGAUCAGCCAAAAUCGAUCAACUAAUGUUGACUCCUCAAAUUCUAGUUUGGACUUUCAGAUGUCAGGUGCCCUUUGGGACAUGAUACAAUUAGUUGGUGAGAGAGCUCGUCGAAAUACUGUUCUUUUGAUGGAUAGAGAUAAUGCGGAAGUGUUCUACAGUAAGGUUUCAGAUCUUGAAGAUCUCUUUUACUGCUUAGAUAAAGAGUUAGAAUAUGUAAUAAGACCAGAGCAUCCGUUAGCAAUCCAGAUCCAGAGGGCAUGUGAACUCUCUACUGCAUGUGUUACCAUAAUUAGGACUUGCUUCAACUAUAAGAAUGAGAACAGGUUAUGGUAUCCUCCACCUGAGGGUUUAACACCUUGGUAUUGUCAACCUAUUGUACGGACUGGGAUUUGGAGUGUUGCUUCAGUUCUUCUUCACUUGUUAAAUGAAAUAUCUGGACUUGAUAAAACCGCAAAAUUAGACUUUUAUAAUAAUUUGGUAGCACUAACAGAAGUUCUACUUGAGGCAUAUUCUGGUGCUGUUACAGCUAAGAAUGAGUGUGGAGAAGAACACAGAGGUCUGAUAAAUGAAUAUUGGGAGAGGCGAGACACCCUUCUUGAAUCUCUAUAUCAAAAAGUUGAAGAAUUUGAAGAUGCUCACAAGGAUUCCUUUGAACUAGCUGAAGAGCAGACUGACGAGACCAUAAUGAAGGUUACUUCACAUCUGCUAUCAAUUGCUAAACGGCAUGGGUGUUACAAAGUUAUGUGGACAAUUUGUUGUGAUGUGAAUGAUUCAGAAUUACUGAGAAAUAUUAUGGUAUGGCUUUGA